GUUCUAGCGGACAUUUAUGACGUCCGGUUCUGGAGGAAAUCGUGAAAUCGCACCAGAGUGAUUCGGAAAUCUUCUCUUCGGCGCCGUGCGUUCUCAAUUACUGGCCCAUGCGACCAUGCGCUGCUCUAUAGCUGCGCAAAUAAACGCCUACGAGAAUGGCCAGUUGGCGGCAAUUUCGUCGGUCGGCGAAUACCUGUCUGCGAAUGUACGGCGCUCCGUCGAAGUCCGCCGCGAUACAACUAACGAGGAUCCGUUUAGCGUGCGCAAGAGUGUAAAGCAAUAGGGGUCGCAGGCGAGCGCAACAGAGCGAUUACGUAAGAUUAGGCUCGCGAGUAAAACGCGAUUCGCUAUAAGAAUGAACCAAUGGACGCAGAAGCAUCAAGUUGUAUUAGCGAACUUUCUCGGUCUACUACAACCGGAUCGCCAUCCGAGCGAGGACGACCGUCUAUCUAGCCCGAACGGUUUCACGCGCGCACUCACGUCGCAUUCGUGUCACGCUCGGGCCCGCCGCCGACCGUUUCUCCGUUUUACAACGCGCGGUGAACACUUAGACAACAAUACAUCUCGAGCACGAUGGAGCAGACGGGCGGAAUCGACGAGGUGACGGACAGAAUAAUGGAGACUUUCGCCGGACGCAAGAUUAUGGUGACAGGCGGCACGGGAUUUUUAGGGAAAGUCAUGAUCGAGAAACUGCUACGAUCUCUGCCCAACAUAGCACACAUCUACAUGCUCGUGAGACCGAAGAAGGGCAAGGACACUAAGCAGCGUGUGGAGGAGAUAUUCGAUUCGCCGCUGUUCGAGAGAGUCAAAGCUGAGAGAGGAAUAGCGACGCUUCGGGAGAUGGUUACGGUCGUCAACGGAGAUGUACUGAUGCCAGGACUCGGUAUAUCCCCGGAGGACAAAAAAAUGCUCUGCGAGAAUGUCAACAUCGUGUAUCACGCAGCAGCUACGGUCAGAUUCGACGAGAUGUUGAAGACUGCCGUGCUCAUGAACACACGCGGCACGAAAAUGAUGGUAGAGCUGGCUAAAGAGAUGAAGAAUUUAGCUCUGUUCGUCUAUAUCAGCACGGCCUAUUGCCAUCUCGAGGAAAAAAUCCUGCGCCAAAGAACGUAUCCUCCGCCCGCCAAUCCGGAUAGCGUGAUCAAGUGCGUGGAAUGGGUGGACGAGGAAGUGAUCGAGGCGAUGACGGAUAAGAUCCUAGGAUCGUGUCCCAACACGUACGCUUUCACGAAAGCAUUGGCCGAAAAUAUCAUCGAGGAUUCCUUCCCGCAUAUCCCGUCGAUAAUCUUGAGGCCCAGCAUAAUUAUUCCCAUAUGGAAGGAACCGCUCCCUGGCUGGACUGACAACAUCAACGGACCGACUGGUCUGUUAAUUGGCGCUGGAAAAGGUGUAAUCAGAACGAUGUAUUGCGACGAUAAAAGAUACGCCGAUUAUCUGCCGGUCGACGUCGCUGUUAACGCUAUUCUCAUCGCGUCGUGGAACUUUCUUUACUUCAAGGAUUACGAGAAACGUGUUUACAAUCUGACGAGCAGCAGCGAAUUCCAGAUCUCCUGGGGAGAAAUAAUAGAUCGAGGUCGUAGGAUCACCCAGCGAGUACCUCUGAACGGAAUCGUGUGGUAUCCGGGUGGCAGUAUGAAGAAAUCGCGGCUCAUGCACAAUAUUUGUAUGGUGCUGUUUCACAUGAUACCGGCCUAUAUAAUCGACGCUCUUAUUUUCCUAGCCGGCUAUAAGCCCAUCAUGUGUCGUGUGCAGCGUCGUAUAAAUAAAGGAUUCGAAGUCUUCGAGUACUACGCCAAUAAUCAAUGGGACUUUGAAAAUUCGUACAUAAUCGAUAUAAGAGAAAAGUUGAACAGUCUGGAAUUUAAGAAGUAUCAAUUGCACGGCAACGACAUGGAUAUAGACGCGUAUUUCGAAACUUGCAUUCGAGCCGCCAGAGUCUACAUUCUAAACGAGCCUCCGGAGACUCUGCCGGCCGCUCGUCGACAUCUGAGAAUCAUGUACUGGGUGGACGUAAUCGUGAAAACAUUAUUUUUCCUGUUUCUGUUUUACACCCUGGUAAAUUCUAAUGAUUUUACUAGGACGAUAGUUGUCGACAGUGCGACAUACAUCGCAAAAGCGUUAAAGUAACUCCUUUCACCUCUCUUUACAAUCUUUCCUUUCUCCCGCGAUAUAAUUUCUAACACAUCGUCGAACCACGAUUUCGUCUUUCCUAUUGAUCGCAAGGAUCGUAUCUAAAUAAAUUAAAUUAUCAGUGAUUUAUUACUUAAUAUCUAAAAGUCACGCCAGUGAGUCUCUUUGAAUAAUCCUAUGUCUAAUAAGAAUAUAAGAAUAAAACAUGAAUAAAAAUGUUAUUCACAUGA